AUGGAUAAAAUCAUAUUCAUCGCCAUGGUAUGCUUGAUGCCCGCAUUGGUGAUAACUACGAACGACCGGAACAUCAUCCAGGACCAGUUAGGCUACGACAACAAGCUCCAGAUUGCUCAUCUUUACGAAGGCCAAUGGCCUGUGGGUAUCGCAGUGUCCAGGUCCGGUCGGAAGUUCUCCUGCUUUCCAGCAGGCCUCGACGAGCUGAACACCAACAACGGCAGCAACAACGUCUUCCAGGUGGCAGAGCUCCUCGACUUCGACACCGAGACACCGUAUCCGAACGAGGCCAUCAACAACCCACCCGGAGGUGCCGUUGACACCACAACCAACCCACCCACAACGAAAGGCCACUCGAACUACUUCCUCAGCGUCCAAGCCGUGGUCAUCGACGCCCGCGGCGUCCUCUGGAUCCUGGACACCGGUCGGGUGCUCUUCGAGGCGCUGCUGCUCCAGGCGUCACCCGGCGGCACGAAACUGAUUUCCAUCGACCUGGAAACCAACACCAUCAUCCAAACCUUCCUGUUCCCGCCGACUAUCGCCAAACCGACCUCGUACUUCGACGACGUGCGCUUUGAUACCGACCGUGGGUUCGCGUACAUCACGGACACGAGCUACGACGCCUCGGACAACGCCAUCGUCGUCCUGGACUUGAACACCGGCGAGUCCUGGAGAAGACUAGAACGCGACGGCUCCGUGCUUAGUAUUUAUGGGACGGUCCCUUUUAUACAGGGUGAACCACUCUACCAGGUCCUUAGGGACGCGAGCGGUGAGGCUGUAGGUGCGGGUUUCGUUAUGACAGGGGUCGACGGUAUUGCCUUGUCGCCGGACUUGACGACGCUCUACUAUUCCGUGAUCGCGGGUCGGUUCUUGUACUCGGUGCCCACGGCCCUGCUGCGUGAUCGUAACACGUCGAAUUCCGAGAUCGUUUCGUCGGUCCGGAAUCUUGGGGAGAAAGGGAUAUCGACGGGUUUGGCGUGUGACUCGAACGGUAUCGUGUACGCGGGUCAAGCCGAACAAUCUGGGGUGGCGAUGUACGACCCUUCGACGCGUAUGACGAUGUUGUUUGUUCGAGAUAAGCGUAUCAACUGGGCGGAUACGUUCAGUGUGACUGACGAAUAUUUAUACUUCACUGUGAAUCAGUUGAAUUCACUCCCAGCGACUUACCCUGGCCAAGGAGUUUUUGGGGUGGAUCGUAGACAGAAACCGUACGUGCUGUUUAGAGCGGAAUUAUAUGGAAAUGCGACCACAGGGCCUGGGUCAUAA